AAUAUGUAAUCUUUAAACUACAAAACCCAUCAAGCAAAGGAACAGCCAGAUGGAGGAAAUAUGUAGUUCUUCGAAGAUAAACAAGAUUACUUGCACGAAGGAGGGCCGUUAACAUGGAGAACUACAAGUACCACAAUGCAUAGCGGCUUGACGUGUCAUCAAGCAAAUAUGGCUGCGUCCUAAAAACAUUAAUGGUUUUCUACUCAGAUUUCUAUUCUUCCUUUAUUACGACUAACAAACUGGUCGAUUCGAAUGAAACAGUCGAGUUUUAAAAGAUUAUUUACCGAAUGUGUUAGCGGUGUAAUAAAACGAAAGUAAUACAGCGGCUGUCAACGAAGAAAUAAUUGUUCUUUUAAACCUCAAUGGUGAAAUAUGGAAGCAGUGCAGUCACCUCUCAGAUUUCCACUUUGCGUUUUAAGGACUGAGAUUUACUCACGACACCCGUGAUUCAUCCAGAGGAACGUCACGACACUUAAACGGGGCAAAAAGAGCAUUAAUUUCAUAUUUUGGCUUCUUAAAGCGAUGUUUAGUCCUGUGAAGUCAUCAUAUUCCAGAGUGAGCCCAUUGAUUGUUAAUCGGGAGCUGGGAAAGACCAAGAUGAGAUAGCAAGAAGAGAAACACUUUCCUUUCACAGUAAACGAAACUCGGUUCACUAACGAACAGGAGGUUUACCAAGAGUAAGCUUUACAAGGCAGCUGUGGUCAUGUUUGGAGAUCUAUUUGAGGAGGACGGGGAUGGCUUUUCCUCCUCUACACCUGGCACAGGUGUGAAGGGGAGAGAGUGUGAGCCUCCUCCACCUAGAGGGAAAAUCAAACUCUGCGGGAUCAAGAAUCAGGGUGGCACCUGUUACCUCAACUCCCUGAUCCAGACUCUGCUGUUCACACCAGAGUUUAGGGAGGAGCUAUUCCGACUUGGACCGGAUGAAUUAGGAUGUCUGGCUGACAAGGACAAACCAGAGGCAAAGGUCCGUGUGAUACCUCUGGAGCUUCAGAGACUGUUUACUCAUCUGUUGCUGGUGGAUGAACAAACAGCCUCCACGACAGACCUGACAGACAGUUUUGGCUGGACGAACAAUGAGGAAAUGGGGCAGCAGGAUGUGCAGGAGCUGAACCGGAUCCUGUUCAGUGCUCUGGAGAGCUCUUUAGUAGGCACUUCAGGCAGCAGUCUCAUACACCGGCUGUACCACGGGACGCUUGUCAACCAGAUCACCUGCAAGGAGUGUGGCAAUAUUAGUGAGAGACAGGAGGACUUUCUGGACCUGACCGUAUCAGUGCGUGGUGUGAGUGGACUUGAGGAGGCGCUGUGGAACAUGUUUGUGGAGGAGGAGAUGUUUGAGGGUAAUAACCUGUACCGCUGUAGCAGAUGUGACCAGCUGGUUAGGGCUGCUAAGUCUGCUAAACUGCGAAAACUUCCACCAUUCCUGACCAUUUCUUUGUUGAGGUUCAACUUUGACUUUGCCAAGUGUGAGCGCUACAAAGAGACUGGGAACUAUGUUUUUCCUCUAACAUUCAACCUCAGACCAUUUUGUGAGCAGAACAAUUGGCCGGACUCAGAGUAUUCGUAUGAGCUCUUCUCUGUCAUCAUACAUAAAGGAGGCUGUUAUGGAGGUCAUUAUCAUGUCUACAUCAAGGACAUUGAUCAGCUUGGCCACUGGGAGGCACCGGAGGAAGAGGUAAAAGUGAAGGUGAAAACCCAGAGACAAGAGGACAAAGUCGUGGAAAGAAAGAAAGAGAGUGAAAAUGCUGUUGACACAGAGAAUCCACUCUCUGUUCUUACUGACAUUCUGGCUCAGGAGGAGUCAAAAUGUGUGCUUGUGGACCAGCUGGGCCAAAAGCUGAUGUAUAAAACCGGCACACCAUGGAGCAAAAAAUAUAAAAAACAGUAUGGCACCAUCAGCAAGUUUCUUCAGAACCAUCCUGAGGUGUUUAUGCUGGUCUCCAAUGGAACCCGUGUAACUCUGAAAGCUGCUGUUCCUGCAACAACAGAACCCAGUCCAACAGAACCAGUCAGUUCAACUUCAGCCAACAGCAGCCCAGUGAAAACAGAGCCAGAAACAGCAGGAGACACUGAAGGCACUGACGGAUGUCAUUGGUUUGACCUGAAUGACUCCACUGUGACGGCUAUUACGAUGAAGGACAUAGAGAAGCAGUUUCAGGGAAAAGAGAGUGCUUACAUGCUCUUUUACAGGAAGACAACAAUGAAAAGACCUCCAGAGGCCAUAGGAAACCCUGCGUACAAAGUGCCUCCUCAUCUGGUGGAGAUGGUAGAAGAGGAGAAUGCAAGACUUCAGCAGAGAAGAGCUGAGUUUGAUGCCAGCAGCAACAGCGUUGAAGUGCGGCUGCAUUUGGCCCCUCAUUACCACUACCAAAAUGGAGCACUGCACCCUGUAUCUCCAGAUGAAGACUCCAUUAUCACAGUCACCUUUGACCGGAGAAAGACUGUGGGAGACCUGCGUUUGGCCAUCUACCAGAUGCAAGACCUUUGGGAAGGAGAUAUGGCACUGACAUUGGCUAAGAAUGUGCCAGCUGGGUUGCAUUUAUAUGAUGCACUGACAGAUGACCAGAUAUCUUUGUAUAGUGCAGGUGUUUCCAAUGGCUCUGAUCUCUUUGUGUGGAAUGGAAGAGAGGUCAGUGGUGUGAUGGUGAAAACUGGAGUUGAAUGGGAGCCUGUUCUGCUGACUGUGUUGCGUCCCUCUAUAGAGGAGCUGGGAUGUGGAGAUGUGUCAGGAGUUGAAGACGCUGAUGGAUCCGGUCUGGUGCGUUCUAUGAAGGGCUUUGCUGGUGGGGCCACUCUGGGUACAGUGCUAGAGGCUCUAGGGCCCCAAGAGGCCUUUCUGUGCCAGGAGCAGAGCCGUCCAGGGGCCAAUGGGGGUGGGGCGAGUGGUUGGAAGGUUUUCCCUCCUCAGGACAUGCAGAGGACACUGAGAGAGCUGUCUCUGAAGGACGGGGAUGCUCUACUACUACUGCAGCCAGAAGAACUAGACAGCAGUAUCUUCAGCCUCAGCGGUGACAUAGUUACAGUGACAACGCCCUCAGAUUGCCGCUGGCUGCAAGUCGAGUUUUGCCCACAGAGUGGAAUGAAGGAGGAAGAGGAGGAGGAGCAGGGGAAGAAAAGGAGUAAAGUCUCAGCUUCAGGGAACAUGCUGCUGGCAGAGGUAAAGGAAAAAGCUCUUGAGGAACUUCACCUACAGGAUGAGCUCAGUGGUGUUGAGUGCUGUCUGAGGCAAAUGGAUCGAACUGGAAAACUUUUACCUCCAGUGCAUGAGCAUUUGAGUGUUCGGGAUGCAGGGAUCAGGUUGAUGACUUCACUCUACCUGUGUCCUGGACCAGUGCCAACAGCAACACAGUUGUUCUUGUACUUCAGUGUUAGUCUAGCGCCCUCAGUUGGUCAGGAGCUGGAGAUUAUUGUAGAGGAGUCUACAACUGUCAAAGAGUGCCUUAAGGAAAUGUUGCAGAUGGCGAAACUUGAUGGUGAGUUGUGGCACUUAAGGAGAGUGGACUGGUGUGAGGAGAUUGGAGAGCCACUUAUGGAUGAGAAUGCAUCUUUAAAAGAGGCAAAAGUCAUUUAUGGAGACACACUGGUGCUGGUGGAGGGGCGACUGCCUCCAAAGGGUUACCUCAAGCUGUCUGUGAAGAUGUACAUGGACAUGAUUGACAGCUCCAGCGUUCCUGAGCUGAACCACACAGCAGAGUCUCAGAGCAUUGAGGGCAUCACCGCAGAGGGGUCUGGAGCAGAAAUGAGAUUCAUUGGUCAUGUGGAAAUAUCAGAGGAGGCUUCACUUGAUGACCUCAAGAUUCAGAUCAUGACACUGCCGGCGCUUCAGGAUGUGUGUGUGCCCAGUCCUGCGUUCCUGCGUGUAUGGCUGCUAGAGGGCAAGAAACUGGCCAGGAUACUCAGAGGAAACCAGCAGACACUCAGGAAGCUGAAGCUAGGGAAUGGGGCGGAGGUGUGUGUUCAGAGGCUGAUGAAAGAGGAGGACCUGGGCCUGAAGGAUUUGUUGCUGAGGGUUCAGAUGGGGGUGCCAGGAGAGAAGGCGUAUUAUCCUUCUGAGGAGUUUUUGUGGGACGCAGGGCGGGACGGCACCCCCAGGGGCCUAUACGCUGCUCUGGCCUCUCAGUACGGUCUCACUCCUGACAACCUGCUCCUGGCUAAACACCUGCCUGACAAACACACCUGGAUGCCCAUUUCCAACUGGACUCAACAGGUCUCAAAAAAGAAGAAGAAGAGGAAAGCUGAGAGUCUCCAGGCAGCUCCAUUUUACCUGAAAGAUGGAGAUAUUAUAGGUGUCAAGAAUCUGCUAAUAGACAAUAAUAAAGAAUUCACCACUCUGGAAGAUGAGAUCGGUCAGCUGAGACUCAGGGAGGAGGCAGCGAAUCAAAACACAAGGGGUCGUCCUGCCAUUGGAGAAUGUUCACAAGACAUUGGGUCCAAGAAGUCGGGCCCAACUAAAAACCGAAAACCAGAGGUGGCCUUAUCGAUUAAUGUGGGAGUGUUCAGGUAACCCACCCUGUGAACAGCCAUCUUAGAACUGCCUGUUGGUCUUCACAACCUUUGCUAAGGCCGCUAAGGUGCCAUGGCAAAGUCUGCCUCACUGAGUCACAGCAAGGAAGCCAAACUGAAGACAAUGUUAAAGUGCUGACCAGGAAACCCAGCCUGUGAAAAAUAAGAUUGUUUAGGCACGGGGAUGCUGGAAAUAUCAUCUUUAAUCACUGAGAUUUCUUGAAGCUUGCACACUUUCUUUGCCCGUUAUAUGCAAUUCAUUCCUGGAGCGAAUAUUUGUAACCUAGGAGGUCAGUUUCAGCCUAUGCCAAUGGAUUUCCUGCCUCACUGAGAGUCUGAGUGUGCUUUUUUUUUUCACAAGAAGGGGUUUGAUGGUAACGGUAUGAAAUGUUAAGAAUUGUUUAUAACUGUUAAGAAUUGUUAUAACUGUUGUCUUCAAUUUUUUUUUUUUUUUUAACAAAA